AGCGCUUUGUUCGGGCGCGGCCGCAGCGGCGCCGGCAGCGGCGGGGCCAUGUCGUACGUGCCGGGGCAGCCGGUCACGGCCGUGGUGCAAAGAAUUGAAAUACAUAAGCUUCGACAAGGUGACAAGUUGAUUCUGGGAUUCAGCAUUGGAGGUGGCAUUGACCAGGAUCCUACUCAGAAUCCUUUCUCUGAAGACAAGACUGACAAGGGUAUCUAUGUAACAAGGGUGACAGAAGGAGGCCCAGCAGAAGUUGCAGGACUUCAGAUUGGAGAUAAGAUCAUGCAGGUGAAUGGCUGGGACAUGACCAUGGUGACCCAUGACCAAGCUAGGAAGAGGCUCACAAAAAGGAAUGAAGAAGUGGUACGGCUGCUGGUGACCAGGAAAUCACUGCAGAAGGCUGUGCAACAAUCCAUGAUGUCCUAAUCAAUCACCAGGCUGGGGAAGGGUUGGGGAGGGAGAUGCAUAGACUGCUAUCAAGGAAGCAGAUACUAGAGCUGAAUGGGUUGUCUGGAAGGAGCGCUUGUUCCUAAAUGGUAAACACUACUUUUAUUUUCCCCUCUUUCCUCUGGUGUAACUGGCAGUAGUAAACCUCUAGUCCUCAGAGUGCUUCUCUAACACCUUCCCUGCAGGUACAUGGUAAGCUGUGCUAUAGUCAGGGCUUUCAGGACAGGACAAACCCUCAUUAUUUAAGGAAGCAACUGGAAAAGCCUUAACUUUGACAGGAUUCUUUUGCAGCACAAAAGCUUUUUAUUCUAGCCUCAGCCCUCUGAGGGCUGGCCAGGAGUGGGGGGACAGGCUCUUCUCACUUGCUCCCUGUGAUAGGGCAAGUAGCAAUGGGUGUAAGUUGCAGCAAAAGAGGUUCUACCUCAACAUAAGGGGGAACUUCUUUAUUGUAAGGGUCACAGAGCACUGGAACAGGCUUCCCGAGGAUGCUGUGGGGUCUCCUCUGGAGUCUUUCAAGGCCUGUCUGGAUGUGUUCCUCUGAUCUGUGUUAGAUAGUAUUGUCCUGCUCUGGCAGGGAGGUUGGACUUGAUCUCCUUGGGUCCCUUCCAACCCCUAACAUCCUGUGAUCCUGUGAUUUUUAAGGGGAAUUGUGGUUUCUGCUAUGGAAACUGAGUUUGCUGUGCACAAGCUUUUAGAAAUGAGCUGUCCUGUCCACCCUGAGAAUUGAAAGGCCAGAAUUGAGUUGCACCCUGUUGUGGGGAGCAGCACUACGCCCACAUCAUGCACUAGCUAGACAGCAUGCUGAGGGGUCUGUGGCAUUGUGCUUUUCUGCAAAGAUUCCCUGUACAAAGCAGCCUCUUCAGACAAGAAGCAAACAACUAAAGUGUUAAUUAGUGCCUGUGAAGUACUCAAAGCUCAUCAGCACUACAGUUCAGCUUCAGAGGAAAAGAAUCUUAAUUCUCCUUAUUUCCAAGUAAUUUAACAUCAAAUGAAGCAAGUUUAAUUUAAAGGAAUAUGGAGCAGAAAAGGUAAUGGUGUUGCUGAACUUACCAAAAGAGCUGUUCAUAAUUGUAGAGGCUUCAUUUCUUCAUCCCGCUUCUGUCAGGCUUGGGAGGGGUGGAUUUUGGCCUGUCUUCUAGAAGACUUUGAUUAAACCACUGAUUUGUUGGAUGGAAGAUGAGGAUGCCAAUCACUCGCACAAGUGCCUCUUCACCAAACUGAAGAUAAGUUGUUUAAAUCAACAUACCACAGGAUUCCAGAUUCUUGCUACAACACUAAUUACCUAGCACCCUAGUGGGCUGCUGACCAGCUAGCUUUACACUUAUCCAAAAACUGGAGUUGAUUUAUACUUCUCUACAUUUUCCUUAAGCAGUCUUCAGGUAAGCUGUUGUAAAUAGAACAGGAGAAAGCAGCAGACUAACUUAUUCAGUAGAUUACUGCUGUGCCAUGUAGGUUUGUUGUGAUGAGUGCAUCUCAAGACUGUUCUGUACACACCAGCUGUGCCUAGUGAGCAUUUUUAUACCUAUAGCAUUCCUACAGUACUGCUUUUCAAUUUUGUAAGUUAAGAACUUGGUAAUUUUAAGGCUUUCAGGUUGAAGUUAUUUUUGUUACUAUAAAGAUACACUGCUAUUUGUACUGUUAUUCCACUUGAUUUUACACACAAUAAAACAAAGUUGGUUUUCCUGA